UCUAAGCUUGAACUUACCUCGCUACCACCGAUUGAAGAUUUUUAUAGUACUCUGAUAGAAGAACAUAUCAAAGAUUCGGAAUAUCAGUUUGCGACAGAAGUUUGGAACCAUUUCAACUGUCAAACGCUGGGCGAGUAUUCAGAUCUUUAUUUAAAAAUCGAUGUAUUACUUCUGGCCGAUGUUUCGAAAAUUUCCGAGACCUCUGCUUAAACACAUAUCACCUAGAUCCAGCAUACUACUUUACAGCCCCAGCAUUUUCUUUGAUGCGAUGUUAAAGUACACGGGGAUAAAAUUGGAAUUACUUUCAGAUUAUGAAAUGCUCCUCAUGUUUGAAGAUGGUAAGUAAAUUGAAAUUUUGUUAUUUGUAUAUAAAUAGAAUUACAUUUUUUUAUAUAUAUAGGUAUUCCAGGUGGACUCACACAAGCCAGCAUGCGGUAUGCAAAACCCAACAAUGAAAAAACACCAGAUUUUAACCCAUCAGACCCUAAAUCAUGGCUUGUUUAUCAGGACUGUAAGUUUAUUAAUAAUAAUUAUACAAUUAAGUAAACUUUUUUUUUUUUUUUUUUAACUCUAGGUAACAAUCUUUAUGGCUGGGCAAUGAGUCGUUUCAUGCCUUAUGGUGACUUUAAGUGGGUCAAACCAUCACUCGAUGGAUUAAACGAUUUGACCGAAAAUUCUGAAAUAGGACGAAUUUACGAGGUUGAUAUUGCUUAUCCGAAAGAACUUCACGAUAAGCAUAAUGACCUACCAUUCCUUCCAGAAAAUAGCUUACCACCAGGCUCAAAAGUACGGAAACUUAUGGCUACUUUUGAGACUAAAAAAAAAUUAAUUGUUCACUAUCGUAAUCUCCAACAAGCCUUAAACAAUGGACUAAUAUCGUUGAAAAAGUAAAUGUUGUUUGUUAUUUCUAUAUUAUUAUAGAUGUUUAAUUUUUAUAUAUUGCAGGUGCAUAGAGUAGUUCAAUUCAAGCAAUCGCCGUGGCUUGAACCAUAUAUAAUUUUAAAUACUGAAAUGAGAAAAAAUGCAAAAAAUGAGUUUGAGAAGGAUUUCUUCAAACUUUUAAAUAACGCUGUGUUCGGAAAAACGAUGGAAAACGUUCGCAAGCAUUUAAAUAUAAAGCUAGUAUCUAGCGAAAGCCGUUUGCAAAAAUUAAUAAACCGAUCUACGUUUAAACAUUGCACCACGUACUCCGAAAACUUGAAUGCUGUUUCGCUGGAGAAUAAAAUCAUUGAAUUCUGCAAGCCUAUUUAUAUAGAUUUCUCAGUGCUGGAAAUUUCUAAGACCUUAAUGUAUGAUUACCAUUACAAUGUUAUGCAAAAACAUUAUGGCGAUAGUAUUGAGCUUAUGUACACAGAUACAGACUUACUGGUAUACUUUAUUCAGACUGAUGACUUUUACAAAGAUCUGGUGAAUAAUUCUAACUUACUUGAUCGAAUGGAUACCUCGAAUCUACCUCGGAUACAUCCGUGUUACAUUGCCGAAAGAAAGAAGAUUCCAGGACUGUUUUCCGAUGAAACGGAUGGGGAGAUAUGAUCGAGUUUUGCGCGUUGCGAGCCAAGUCAUAUGCAUACAUUCUUCAAGGCAAAGAGAAGAUCAAGGCUAAAGG